GCCCCGCGCUCCCCCGGCCUGCCCCGGGCGGGCUCUUCUAUGUCGGCCCUGCCCGGCGGCGAGGGCAGGGGCUUGUGCUCCCCUGGGAAGCUGCUCCUGGGGAGGGACGGGAGGCGUUUGCUCUGGUGUCGCCCCUAAACCGAAAGUAGCCGUAAACAAAUGCGAAGGGGCAUGACUUUAAAGGAACGAGGAGGGGGAAAAGAACUACAGCGUCAACCUGUGGACUCAAAUCGUCUGCUCCUCUCUGAUGCAGUUGUUUUCACCUCGGGAUGGGUAACCUGCUGUCUCUGCAGUGACUUGAAGUGGUUUGGACUUGCUGAAACUGGAAGAUGUGGAGUGGGCUGUUACCUCCGGGAGUGAAUGAAAGUGAUGUGGAUUUGAGUUCUGAUGAUGGAGACGAUUCACCUGCUUCCUCUUCGAAGAAAGAGGCACAAGAGGACACCGAAAGAGCUGAGCUUUCUGAACUCCCGGGGAAUGGACAGGAGAGUAGUGCCAGCAGGGAACCUACGGUGAUACCAGUGGCAGAUAAAGAAAGCGAGUCUCAAACGUGCCCUCCUGGAAUCUCUGUAAAUAUCUGGAAUAAAUUUGUGGAGCUUCAGAAGAAGCACCGUGAAAUGAAAAUGGAAGCAGAGCAGGAAAACAGAUGCCGAAAGAGAAAGCGCCACCGCAAAGCAAAACAGAAAAAGGCUGAUGAAGUGACUAAGAGUAGCCAACAGCUGGAAAACGAAGAGAAAUGGAAAGAACUGACACAGUACUUUGGAAUCAAUGACAGAUUUGAAUCACCUGUGGAUAGCAGGGCCCCACAAAAGUCUGGCCUUGAACUUAGCAUAGAGAAGUGUGUGGCUGAAGGGGACAUUGCCAAGGCUGAGGAGCUGAGUGACAGACUGGCCAUGCGUGAGAGAUGGAAGAACUCAUUCUGUCUUCCAAGAAAUACAGACAAAAAGAUUUUUCUGCAGCACUUGUGUAGACCUCACUUGUGUAUAUUUGUGUGUCUUGGUGUGAAAAUUGCCAAAGCAGCCGCUUGCCGCAACUUCGUCAAAGCCAAGCAAGAAGCAGAGGCUGCCCAAGAAGCUCAAAAGAAAAAGAAGCUUGCUUGGGGAUUUGAAGCCAAGAAAAGAUGGGAAACAAAAAGCAACAUGGGAUACAUGUAAUCUGUCGUGUUUUCAGAAGUCAAAUACCUGUUGUUACUUGAAGAAUCUUUGUAGGCAUCUUGUUAAAUCUAAACAUAAAAAACCCCAAAACAAAACCCAACACAUCAAAUGCCUUGUAUUUAUCUUCCUGUUGUUAGGCUGCACUGGCUUGUUUUGAUGCUCUCCUAUAAACCAGUAAAAAAUACUAUUUAAUCAUCAAUCCUCUGUUAAAUAUAGCACUUUUCUCAUAAAUAUGAAAAACUAAGAUAAUGCAUUUCAGAAUGCAUUUGGAGUCUGGUAGAGAACUCCCUGAACUUGGAAUAAAACACUUGGUCCAAA